AUGGGUCGAGAAGAUAUAUUCAGUCUUUUCGUCUCCCUUGCAUUGCGCCCUCACAGUCGCUGCCUGUACCGGACCCAGAAACUGUCUCAACCACGCAUUCGGUAUGCUUCCACCUCCAACAUUCCACCUCCUGCUGCGCCGAAAUCGAACAUCCCUUUACACGUCGGCCUCGAUCGAAACCCCGACUCUGUCUCGGCAAUUUCAAGGAUCCCCAUUCCAAAGGGCGAAAGAGGCGAGAAAUUCACACCCUCUGUUCUCUCCCGACCACUAGGGCUGCAAAAUCGUCCUCUUCCUGGUCAGAACAGUCCCCUCGACCGGCGUACACUGCGAGAGAGGACGCAAGAAUUCAGAAGUUACGAAAAGGCUCUGGAGCGACGGCGUGUAUACCUACGGUCCUUCUUCCGCCCUUACUUCCAAGAAUGGCGGCGAGUAGACCACUGGAAAGGCAAGAGCUUCGUCUCCAACGAAAGGCUCUUCAAGCGCGAAAAAGCACUAUAUUUCCCCAACAUCUGGGGCCAGACACUCGCAAAGGAAGGCGACGGUCCGGACGGUGGACGGGACCUUGCGCCCGUCAUCGCCGGCAAGAUUUCAAUCAUCGGGAUGCAAUCUGGGCAAUGGGCAGAGGAGCAGGUCGACACGUUCCUCGGUCCGUCGCACAACCCUAACCUGCCCAAGAUCGUCGAAGACAGCAACGGCCUCGUUCAGCGAAUUGACGUCAACAUCCAAGGAGACAUUGUCCGCGCCUGGCUCGUCAAGAUGUUCAGCGGGAGAUUAAGGAAAAUGAUCCCGGAGGAUCGCUGGGACAAGUACUUCAUGAUCAAGCUUCCUCGGGAUAUCCGACGUGGUUUGACAGACGACGUGCGCGAUGCUAUGGGUUUCCUCAAUUCUCAAGUCGGAUAUGUCUACCUUGUCGACUCAAGCUGCAAGAUCAGAUGGGCCGGAAGCGGCCACGCCUGGGAAGGGGAAGUCGAAGGUCUCAAUGCAGCAGUGCAGAGACUCAUACAAGAAGAACAGAAAUCGCAAUCGCCAUCCGUAUCAGCCACCAGCGCCUUAACUCCAGACUCCAACGCGAUUCCAGCUGCCGCUGCCGCUUGA